UCUUUGCUAUUCGUGAUCGUGAGUGACACAUUUAAACUGUCCCAUCACUAUUGGCAUUGGCAAAUAAUAAAGGUAAACAUUUUUGCCGGAUUGGAACCGCUGCUAUGGACAAGUUAAAUUCGACUCUAACCGCGGUGAAAAACCUGCGUUCUAACGUUAGACAGUGCUUCGAGCACCUUGCCGAUGGAACCGAUGGCGAAGGUGUUGAGGAAAGCAGAAAUAAAUUCGUACACGACUUCCAGGAGAGAUUCGGUGCCAUCAACUCGCAAUUGCGUGAGGUGGAGCAGCUGAUAAACGGAUUGCAGGUCCCACCCACCGCCUAUUCGUUAGGGAACACGGCUUACCUGGCGCAAGAGACUUCCCACGAUCGCCAGGCACUCUAUCCCCAACUGGUAAACAGCUACAAGUGGAUUGACAAGGUUCACGAACACAGCUUCCUGGCCUUUAACAAUCUUAACCAAAACACGCUCAGGCGCUCGUACAACUACUGCUCCCAGAAGCGCCAGCGACUGCCCUUCUCCUCCUUUAACAAUGAUCCUGAUCACAUAGACAAGCUCUUGAGUGAGAUCAACACCCCACCGCACACCUCAUACCGGAUAUUCCGACCCUUCGGCACCAACGCAGUGGCCAUUGUGACCAUCAGCAACGUAAUGAAGGCGGCCAUAGUUUUUAAAGGAGUGCUGAUAGAGUGGGUGACUGUUAAGGGAUUCGACGAGCCCCUGGAGCACGACGAUUUGUGGGCCGAGUCACGGUACGAAGUGUUCCGCAAAGUGCAGGAGCACGCCCACUCUGCCAUGCUGCACUUUUUCUCGCCCACGUUGCCGGAUUUGGCGGUGAAGAGCUAUGUGACCUGGCUGAACAGCCACAUCAAGUUAUUCCUGGAGCCGUGCAAGCGAUGCGGGAAGUUCGUGGUGCACGGGUUGCCUCCAACAUGGCGGGACUUGCGCACUCUCGAACCCUUCCACGAGGAGUGCCGCAAUUGCUAAAGAUUAAUCAUAUAACACUGAUAGUUGUAACUUGUAUACUUCAUUUAUUUCAAAAACAAAAAAUUAUAUGUACUUUGAAUGCAUGCGGGCGCAUUUUGAAAAAUCGCCGCGCUCGACUGAAUAACUACAA